AUGUCAAGUAGAUCUACCGAAGAAACAAAAGGACUGACGGGAAGGACAGUUGUGUAUGAUGAGGAUGGCAAGCCAUGUCGAGCUUGCAAUACAUUAGAAGAUUUCAGAUUUGUUACGGGGAAAGUAACAACUUCAAAGAUAGCAGCAGCCGGUAAACCUGCAAAAACCAUGCCAGAAGAGUCUUUGAUCCCUGGAUCAAGAAGUUACGAAAGGACUAACCCACCGGAUGUCAACGAGCUAGGCAAGUCUACGUGGAACUUCCUCCACAGUAUGACAGCACAAUACCCAAAGGAGCCCAGUCCAGUGCAAAAAACAGAGAUGAGCAACUUCUUACAUCUGUUCAGCCGUGUGUACCCAUGCAAUUGGUGUGCUAAGGAUUUUGAGAAAUACUUGAAAGAGAACGCUCCAAAGGUGAAUUCAAGAGAAGAGUUAGGAAGAUGGAUGUGUGAAGCACAUAACUCAGUCAACGUGAAAUUACGUAAGGAGAAAUUCAAUUGUGAUUUCUGGGAGAAAAGAUGGAGAGAAGGUUGGGAAGAAUAG